AUGGAGCAGCACCCUUUUCUAGUUGUGCCGUGCGAGUACCUACGGGUGUCGGAGGCGGCGCGGGUGGCGUACGGGGUGACGAGGGCGGAGCUGGACGAGUUUCUGAUGUACGAGUUCAAGGUGCGGCGGUGCGGGAAGGCGUACCCGCACCAAUGGAUGAAAUGUCCGUACGCGCACCGGGGGGAGAAGGCUCGGCGGCGGGACCCCAGGAGGUUCCCCCACCACGGCGUGCCGUGCCCGGAGUUCCGGCAGAGCGGGGCGUGCCGGCGGGGGCUGCGCUGCGAGUUCGCGCACGGGGUGUUCGAGUUCUGGCUCCACCCCACGCGCUACCGGACGAGGAUGUGUGUCUCCGGACCCACAUGCGCACGCAAGAUCUGCUUCUUCGCGCACUCCGCCGAUGAGCUGCGGCCAGAGGCCGUCUCCCCGGCGGGGGAUGUUGCAAGGGAAGCGUCAGAGCCGGCGAAGAGAGCGGACGAGCCGGAUAUCCGGUGGGUCUACGAGCUGGUGGAUUAA